CACUGGGUGGCGCCAAAUAGCCAGCAGUUAUUGUGCAGGGACUCAAAGGCUGCUGGGAAAUUUUCUCCGAGGAAGUAAGAUGAGAUGCUAAAGUAGCUGGCUCCACAGAGGUUUACCGAUGACGAAACAUUAACAAAGAGGAACGUCUCAGAAGUUGCAGCUGUCUGCAGUCAUGCAGGAGGACAUAAGCACUGUGAUGUCCUGGUUUUCCAGCCCGGUGUACAGCCGAUACUGGCAGCACUAUUGGCAGGCCAUGGCGUGGCAUCAGAGGCACAGGCGCGCCUACAGAAAGGCCUUGGAGGCUGCCUACGGCCCCUGCUGCUACCAGGAGGAGGGGCCCGGUGACCGGCCUCGCUAUGCUGACUGGAGCAACAGCGAAGACGAGGCGGACGAUGCAGAGGAAAGUAGCUCGGAAAGCGAGAUUGAGUGCGAUGUGAGCAACAUGGAGAUCAGCGAGGAGCUCCGGCAGUACUUCGCCCAGACUGAGCGACACAGGGAGGAGCUCAAGAAGCAGCAGCAGAUGGAGGCGGAGCAGCAGGGCAGCUACGUGCCGGCCGAUCAGGACCUACACAGCUUCUCGUUGCGGAGCAGUGUCGCCCCUCCCUUGGAGCGACCCGGCGAAAGACGCACGGCCGAGAUGAAGAAGCUGUACGGUGGGGAUGCGGCCAAGAUCAUGGCCAUGGAGGCGGCGAUGCAACUCAAUUUCGAAAGAAACUGUGACCUGAAGCAGCCCAAGUACUGGCCCGUGAUCCCGCUGAAGCUAUGACGCCGUAAACAGUUUGAUCUGGAGACGAUCCAUGCUCUGAUCCCUCUGCGAGCUGCUGAUGUAGAACUAACGGGUUUAGGAAGUUUGAAGUUAUUUCAAGGAAGAAAACAAAACUUCUGCUCGGCCAAACACGAACAUCCCCGACCUGUCGGCUGCUGCUCCAGAUUAAAAACCUCUGGCUGUGGCAGUACGAAACACGAGGUUUACCCUACUGCAUAAAUUGGUUUUUAAUUUAUGGCAUGAAACACCAGCACUUAGUCCCCCAAAACAUCCUGUUGGUUCGGCGCUAAAAAUUGAGAAGCAGCGUGAGCUGAGGGUCAGAGUUGCAGUAAAUUUGCCCCCACAGGUGAUGCAAGUGUAUUCAAACAGCCUGCGCCUGUGUUUCCUCCUAAUCUCUUUUUGUUUACCCUCUGGCUCGGUGAUGUUUCAUGCUGCAGUAGCUCCUCUUAUGCCUGUCAACUUAGUUUAACCACAAAAAACAUUGUCAGCCCCACGUCCUCCCCCUCCCUCCCCUCCCUGUGUUCAUAUUUGGGAGCGUUCCUGCAUGGCUGCCUCUGCCUACACAACAAGAGUGAUUUGUUGUUGCUACUUCUAAAGUGCGGUUCUCCGAUUCUGACAUUUCACUGGCUUCAAAGCCACUCGUGUGAGUUCUCUGGGGGAGGGGGGUGUUGACUAUUCUGUUUUAUCUUGUUUGUGUUUGCACCAAGCUGCUCCGUUUUUUUUAAACGGGAGGAUGUGUAUUUUAUAUGAUUUCUGUUUGUAAUAAAGUGUUUUCUGUCCACAUGAAACUUCCUUUGCUUUCAGUAAUUUUUAGUGGCAUCGCUGUGAGAUGGAAAUCCGAUUAUAUAACUGCUCUUCAGCACAUUUCUGUACUCAGAAAUAAAACUGUGUAAUUCAA